AUGGACAGCUUACCUUGGCAUCUACUCGAAGAGAUUCUCUUCAGAAUAGACCACAGAUCUCUGGCCAUGUUGCAAUGCACAAAUAGAUCCCUUCAAUCUCAUAUAUCCAAAAACCCUAACUUUGAUUACGAAUACUUUUCCCGGGUCAGAUCCAGUUUGCUAUGCGUUUGGCUAGUAAACUAUGUAUCCCGUUUUCUCUGCUACGACCACAUUUACGGCAGUUCUAGGUCACCGAGAAGAAAAGAAAUCAGGAUGAAGUGUUAUAUUUUGGGCUAUUCCUCUGGCCUUCUUCUACUCUUCUCUUACGGUGGUCUCUUCGUCGUAAAUCCUCUCACAAAAAAAUUUCGAUUGUUGAAUAGCUGUAGGAUAAAUACUAUCCCUCUUCGACGAGGUCCUCAACACGAGCUAGGGUUCGCGGUUGAUCAGAUUGAUCGAACCACCCAGAGUUUCAAAAUCGUCAUUAUAAACGAGGGAUCUUUUCACUGGUUAAGAAGGGACGGAAGCAUCGUAGCUUUCAACCCUAAAACAGAGAAAGCACGACUGAUUCCGAUCAGAUUCCCCAAAGAACUUUGUCCUAGAACGUUGUUCACAGCCGCAGAUAAUAAUUUAGCCUUGAUAUCGGCGACGGAAAAAGUAACUUACGUUUAUGCACUCGAGAACAUUAUUAGUGAUCCCAAGUGGGUCCUCGUAAAACAAAUUCCGAACGGAGUACUGGACGUGAAGAAGCUAAUUAUGUGGUACCCGGAGGCUUACGAUGGAAAGUGUUUAGUCUUGGGCCGCGAAGUAGUGUCUAAGAAGGGCUACUAUGAGAAAGUGGUUCAUGGGUACGAGAUGAGAGCUAAUAAGUGGGAGGUCAUAGGUUCGACUUUCCAUUCAGUUCUAGACUUUUAUCAGUUUACACCGUCGUCGUCUUCGGUGAUAGGUCUUGAUGACAAGCCAGAGAUAUUGGCUUGUGAUCAUAAUAAACAAAUCUCCCAUAUAAACCCCAUUAUGGAACUAAUUAAUGGAACCUCUAUCACCGAAAGAAAAAUUGAAAACCUAGCUAAUUAG